GAAUCAAUUUUCUUGAGUAUAUGAAGCAAUAAAAAUGCCCAUCAUUUGUGAAAAUAUUGAGAAAGGAGCAUUUUCGAAGACUGAAUACUUUGGAACCAGCGACUUCAUCCGGAUUAGCCAUACUCGACGUCCCAAUAUUCCCAUCGCGGAGAAAUGGUGCCUUAGGUCGUAUUUCAUGCCUGCCAAGUACAGGACCAGUGCCCAAGUGAUUGAGAACUUCCAGGUGCGACCGGAUGAUGUCUGGGUUGUGACCUUUCCCAAAUGUGGAACAACCUGGACGCAGGAAAUGGUAUGGCAGAUUUGCAAUGACUUGGACUAUGAAAAGGGCAAUUCUACUGAACUUAAUGAAAGGUUUCCAUUUUUCGAAUUCGCUGCGAUUGUCCAUGAUAAGUAUAAUAUGAUGGACACUUUGCCAGUUGUGGAGAAAAUGCCAUCACCUCGUCUAAUCAAGAGUCAUCUACCGGCACCACUUCUGCCAAAAGAUAUCUGGACAGUAAAGCCAAAGAUCAUUUAUGUGGCAAGGAAUGCUAAAGACACUGCAGUCUCUUAUUAUCAUCAUUACAGAAACAUCCGAGGAUACCGCGGUAAUAUGGAUGAUUUUAUGGACAUUUUCCUGAAAGAUUUGGUUAACUAUUCUCCUUUUGAUUCUCACAUAAUUGAUUUCUGGAACAUGAGAAAUGAGGAUAACAUCCUUUUUCUCACUUACGAGGAAAUGAAGAAGGAUCAUCCCAGUGUUAUAAGAAGAACAGCAGAAUUUCUCGGAAAGUGCUAUACGGAUGAACAAAUCACCAGUCUAGCUGAUCAUCUCUCCUUCGAAAAAAUGUCUCAAAAUGAAGCGGUUAACUUUGAGAAACAGAUGAAGGGAUUUCGGAAGGUUUUUAAUAUGGAAAAGAAUAACAAUUUCAAUUUUAUCCGGAAAGGUAAAGUUGGUUCAUUCCGGGAAGAAAUGCCUGCUAAAUGGAUUGAAAUUUUCGACAGUUGGAUCCAGGAGAGAAUUGCAAAGUAUCAAGGAGAUCCUGCACUUUUGGAAAUUUUUACUCCAAUUGCAAGAGUGUAA